AUGGCUCCGAAAGUAUUUUGGCGUGCCGAAAGUCAUACCGAAAGUCAUACAAAAACUCGAAAGCCUUACCGAAACUUUAAAGUCAUACCAAAACUCGAAACUCUUACCAAAAUCGAAAGUCCUACUGAAA